CCUUUCGAAUUCGAACCACCAAAUUAUAAGAAAACUCUCUUCCUGAUUUUCCUCCACCCCAAAAUAUCAUCUUCAUUUUCAGCCCCUUGCAAAACAUGGCGUCCUUAUGUUCGUUUCCACGCAUUUCUUCUACUGAACCCAUCAAACAACCGCCCACCGCCGCCCCUUUUCCGUCCUCCAAUCACCCAAUAAGACCGUCCGCACUCUCCCUCCGUCAAAUUAGCCCCAAGCACAAGAGAAUUUCUGUAGUGGUCGCCGCCGUCGGAGACGUCUCUGCCGACGGCACCACUUACUUGAUCGCGGGCGCCGUCGCCGUGGCUCUCGUUGGAACCGCCUUCCCUAUCCUCUUCUCUCGCAAAGACUUGUGUCCGGAAUGCGACGGCGCAGGGUUUGUCCGGCGAUCGGGGGCGGCGCUGAGGGCAAAUGCGGCUCGGAAAGACCAAACUCAGAUCGUUUGUGCUCGUUGCAAUGGCCUUGGCAAGCUCAACCAAGUGGACAAAUAGAUUAAAACCUGCUUUUUUCAGCGGCUUUGCUCUCAUAUAUUGUUAUUUAUUACUGUUUUUCUCCUCUUUCGUAAAUUACAUACAUUAUAAAUGUGAAUGUAAUAAAAUAUUUUUAAUAUGUUUUUACCUCGUGUAUUUUUAGAUUUAGGUUAAGUCCCAUAUAUGGGAGAUAGUUCAAAUCUAAUCCUUUAUAAUUA